AUGUCUUCCUCAUCAAAAGCUUUCCAAUGGCUAAGCCUUGUGGGCAUCAUAUGGCUUCAAUCUAUAAACGGAACAAACACCACCUUCCCUGCGUACUCAUCCCAACUCAAGAACACUCUCUCCAUGUCCCAACUGCAGAUCAACAAUCUCGUCUUUGCCUCCGACGCAGGGAAACUAUUUGGUUGGUUUUCCGGCAUUGCUGCUAUUUACCUUCCCCUUUGGCUAGUCCUCAUGAUCGGCUCUCUUCUCGGGUUAAUCGGCUACGGCGUGCAAUUUCUCUUCGUAACGAACCAACUCGCAUCUCCAGCAUAUUGGCAAGUAUUCUUGCUCACCAUGGUGGCCGGAAAUAGUGUAUGUUGGAUCAACACUGUUUGCUAUGUUGUCUGUAUUCGGAACUUUCCGUUUCACCAACAGGUUGCUGUGGGAUUAACAACAAGUUACCAAGGAUUGAGUGCAAAAAUCUACACAGAUAUUGUCAGUGCUUUCUUUUCUUCUUCACCUCAUAAGAGAGCCAGGGCUUAUCUUCUUCUAAAUUCUCUCCUGCCUUUAAUAGUCUGUGCUGUGGUGGCACCGUUCGUGAGAGACAUUGAUGUGGUUACUGGGAAGCAGCCAAGGAACAUGGCAACGGGGUUCAGAUUAAUGUUUGUGAUAACCAUUGCCACCGGAAUCUAUGCGGUCAUCACCAGUUUAGGAUCAAUGAUCGGCUUAGACAGAAUGAUAGGUACCGGGGUGUUCCUACUGAUCCCCUUGGUAAUCCCAAUUGCGGAAAAAAUCAGAGAUAUAUUAUCAAGAAGAUGGAGCCUAGCAGACAGAGAGAACAAAGUGUACAAUGUCAGCAUAGAUGAUCAGAAUGGCCUUGAGAGCAUAGAGAGUGGUGUGGUGAAAGAGGAAGAAGAAGAGGAACAUACUACCACAGUGCAGGUUCAUAAUGAGGUCAGCGAAGUACAGGUUCAGCACGGUUUUGGUGUAAGAGAGGAGAUUGGAGUGAAGCUGAUGGUGAGAAGGAUAGAUUUCUGGUUAUAUUUCCUAGUCUACUUUUUCAGUGCAACAAUUGGGCUUGUGUUCUUGAACACCUUGGGACAGAUAACAGAGUCAAGAGGCUCAUCUAAGACUUCUUCCUUGGUUUCUUUAUCUUCUUCAUUCGGGUUCUUUGGCCGUCUCAUGCCUUCUCUUCUCGAUUAUUUCUUCGCAAGAAGCAAGCAUAUGAUUUCAAGGCCUGCAUUCCUGGUGGCAGUAGCGGCACCGAUAGCAGGAGUUUUCUUCUUGCUUCUCAACCCGGCUAACGUCUCCCUUAUCAUCAGUACCGCCGUUAUAGGAGUGUGCACUGGAGCAAUUACUUCUAUUGCAGUGUCCAUAACCACAGAGUUAUUCGGGACCAAGAAGUUCUCAAUAAAUCACAAUGUGGUGGUUGCGAAUAUUUCAAUCGGGUCGUUUCUUUUUGGCUACUCGUCUGCUCUUCUUUAUCGCAAGGAAGGAAAUGAUGAUGGUAGCUGUUUGGGAAUGGCUUGUUACAAAGGCACCUUCAUUAUCUGGGGUAGUCUUUGUACAUUAGGGACUGUUCUAGCUUUAAUGCUAUAUGCAAGAACAAGAAAGUUCUACUCCAAAAGAUCAUAA